AUGCUCAGUGUUCUGAAGGUCUUGUCUUGCUUGACUGCCUUCAGCGCAUGCUUAUCCGGCUUUUCUCAAAGUAACCCAUUCCCUCAUUCAAGAUCACUUCCUCGAGCGAACCCACCCCCUCAAUCAAAUAAUCAAGCCAAGGUUCCCCAGCAGGCUCCCCCAACGGCUAGCCAGCAGGGCACCUGUCAAAAUCUCAUUCAGCGACGCGAGUGGCGAACAUUGUCCGCGGCCGAGAAAGCGGCUUACAUCAAGUCAAUGAAAUGUUUGACGACCAAGCCGUCCCAAUUGCUCGGAAAAGGGUACAGACGAUUUGAUGACUUUCAAUAUGUUCAUUGUGAAUCGAGGCGAACAGUUCACUUCGGUUCGAAGUUUGGGCCCUUUCAUCAUCAUUUUAUGCAUCUGUGGGAAAAGGUACUACGCGAAGAAUGUGGCUAUAAAGGAGGAGUUCCUUAUUGGAAUUGGGAGUUAGAUGCCCAUGAUUUCCCAUCGUCUCCGAUCUUUUCAUCUGACCCUGAGAGUGGGCUGGGAACCAAUGGUAAAAAUUUCACAUACGAUCCAGAUAAUUUGGGGGGAGGUAUCGUUUCAGAUGGCGCAUUCGCGAAUUGGCAGAUCCUUUACCCUGAUCGCCAGUAUCUUGAACGCAAUUUCUUACUUCCCGACGUUUUUGCCAUGGAUAAUAAUGCUGCAAUGAAAUAUGUACAAUCGCAGACCACUUACAUCAAGUUUAUCAACGCGCUCGAGGGACUCAAUCCGUCAUUAAGUGACGAACUCUAUCCCGGUCCACAUGGCAUGAUACAUCAACUGCUAGGUGGAGACAUGCCAAAGCUUGCAUAUGCAGCAAAUGAUCCGUUAUUUUACGCAGUCCAUGGUAAUGUCGAUAGACAAUAUGACAUGUGGGUUCGUCAGGAUCCUGAUAAGCGGACUCUCGCUUUCAAUGGCAACAAAACCCCGGGGAAUACACACAAUGACGCGAGUCUGGACGAUGAAUUGGAUUUUAUGAAGCUUGCUCCCAAUGUCAAAGUCCGUGAUACGAUGAAAUGGCGACAACCGCCGUAUUGCUACACAUGUGAGUACUUCAUUUCCUACACUACCAAAUGGUUCUACCUUCGAUGA